UGAGUUCAACCAGGCUUCAAAUCCAUGAAUGUCAAGGGCAGGCAAGGAUUUGGUGGUCCCGAUGUGCCGAUCCCAACUCGAUAACCUUUCGGGCAACAUCAACUUGGCUUGAUACCGUACCCCACCAUUACCCCUCCCAAUCUGCCAUUGAUAGUAUUGUAAGCUAAGUUACGUUGAGAAUGAGAAAUCUCUUGAAAUUCCUUUCAGCCGCUCUGACGGCGCCUUUGGCUUUGGGCUUUGCCCACCCUGGCCCCGCCUUUACGCGCACCAGUGGUUCUGCCAUUACCACAACAACAACAACAAGUAGAAAAGCCACUGAGUAUUCCAUUGCGGAUCAAGUGGAACGAUUUGCCAAUGCCAAAAAGGAGAAAAACGAACGGUAUUUGGAUAUCAGCAGUGUCUACAAUGGCGGCGAUUUGUCCGGAAAACGUGUUUUGGUGACGGGAGGCAAUCGUGGCCUGGGUCUGGAGAUCGUGAAGGAACUGGUGGCCAUUGGCGCCACUGCGAUUGUGCUUUGUCGAAAAUCCAAUCCCGAUCUCGAAGCCAUUGUGGGACAAUGGAACGUUUACGCUGGUGUCGACGUCACGGACGAUGAAGCCGUCAAAAAGGCUGCCAAAAACAUUAAGAAUGACGGUGGCGCCUUGGACGUUGUCAUCAACAAUGCCGGAUAUUUCUACGACCCAUUCGAGUCUAUCUUGGAAGAUACCAUGAACUUUGAUGAGCAAUUGAAACAAAUCAACAUUUGUGGAUUGGGACCUCUUCGCGUCAAUGCGGCUCUGGUACAGGCAAAGGCGCUGGCAGAGGAUGCCAAGUUGAUCACCAUCACCUCACAGGCAGGAUCCUGUGAAUGGAGAGCUGUACAGAACAAAGACAAGGGUGGAGACUAUGGACAUCACAUGUCCAGGGCUGCUUGCAACAUGGCGGGUGUUUUGCAGGCCCAAGAACUCAAGUCCAAAGGAUACUGCGUCGUACUCUUGCAUCCUGGGUUCAAUCGAACUGAAAUGACGGCCAAGUACAAGGAUAUCUGGGAUGUAGAGGGAGCUGUCGAGCCCAAGGAUGGAGCCAAGCGUGUCCUCUACGAAACCAUCAAGGCAUCCAUGGAAUCCACGGGAAAAUUCAUCAAUUGCGAAGAUGGAAAGGAAAUCCCUUGGUAGUUCGUUUUAUUCUGUGCCAUCAUUGCUUCUAAGCUAGCUAACUAUUAUUUGGUAGAGGCUGCGUCCGACAUAUCGUAUCAGUUCUCCUUGGAAGUUUUGUUUGCCGUGUCAUGCUAAGCUAGCUUACUAUCUGGUAGAGGCCCC